UAGGGUUGGUAUUCAUUGCCGAUAUCAGACUAACUGAAAGAAUGGCAUCCAAGAUCUCUGUCCUGGAAGAGGAGCUCUCUUGUCCUGUGUGCUAUGACAUCUACAGGGAUCCUGUUGUCCUGGAGUGUAGCCACAGCUUCUGUAAAGACUGUCUGGAGAAGGGCUGGCAGGAGAAGAGCUCUCGGGAAUGUCCAGUGUGUAGGAGGGAGUCUUCUAUAGAGGAACCUCCUCUGAAUCUGGUUCUGAAGAACACAUGUGAGGCCUUCUUACAGGAGAGAAAUCAGAGAGCUGCAGCAGCAGGAUCUGAAGUGCUUUGCAGUCUCCACAGUGAGAAACUCAAACUCUUCUGUUUGGAUGACCAGGUUCUUGUGUGCGUUGUGUGUCAAACCUCAGAAACUCACGAAAACCAUAAACUGCGACCAGUUCAGGAAGCAGCCAAAAAAUUCAAGGAGGAACUGAGGACAACAUUGAAUCCGCUGCAGGAGAAGCUGGAAGUCUUUACUAAAGUAAAGAAAACAUGGGAAGAAAUAGCAGAGCACAUCAAGAACCAACAGCAGAACACAGAGAGACAGAUCAAGGAGCAGUUUGAGAAACUUCACCAGUUCCUCAAGGAUGAAGAGGCAGCCAGGAUAGCUGAACUGAGGGAGGAAGAGGAGCACAAGAGUGACAUGAUGAAGGAGAAGAUUGAGAAGAUGACACAAGAGAUUUCAUCCCUUUCAGGGACCAUCAGAGCCAUAGAACGGGAGCUGGGAGCUGAAGACGUUUCGUUCCUGCAGAACUACAAGGACAUUAAAGGAAGAUCCCAAGUGAGAGUGAAGGAUCCAGAGGAGGUUCCAGGAGCCCUGAUUAAUGUGGCCAAACACCUGGGCAACCUGAAGUACAGAGUGUGGGAGAAGAUGCUGGACGUUGUUCAUUACACUCCUGUUCUUCUGGACCCCAAUACAGCACAUCCAGACCUCACAGUGUCUGAGGAUCUGACCAGUGUCACAUUUGGUGAUGAGACAGAAAAGCUUCUUGAAAACCCAGAGAGGUUUGAUCGAUGGGUGUGUGUUCUGGGUUCCGAGGGAUUCGGCUCAGGGAAACACAGCUGGGAUGUACAUGUUGGGGAGACAGAUUUUUGGUGGCUGGGUGUCAUUAAAGAGUCCGUCAGCAGGAAAGGGAAUGUCAAUACGACCCCAGCAGGAGGAGUGUGGUGUGUCAGGCGGUUGAUAGGAGAAUACACAGCAGAGACCUCACCCCCCACCCCUCUGAGAUGGAGGAGGAAACUCCAGAAGAUCAGAGUACAGCUGGACUGGGACAGGGGGGAACUGUCAUUCUCUGACCCCAGUGACAACACUCCUCUAUACACUUUUACGCACACUUUCACUGAGAAAGUGUUUCCAUUUAUUGCUACUAGUAUAAACUCUUUUUGUGAGCUUCUCUUCUUGUUUUCCGCGAGGAAGUUAGUUUCUCUACAAAUCACUCAAACAACAGUGUCAGUAACAGUGAAAUAGGAUUCUGUUCUGAUGGCAAGAUUAAUUUACAUUUUCAUUUACAUUAUGCACUCUUCUGAAAUCAGUUGCCCAUAGAGCUAAAAUAUAGUCAUUAUAGGUCCCUGUGUUAAAACAUGCAGUGAUUCAAAGUAUGUGAUCCCCUUGUGUCCCCCAGUCUUACCAUAAAUGUGUUAUUUAAUGAGAAGCAGACUUUCUCACCUAAUAUAAUAGGUGUGUGAACACUGAUUCCAGAUGUUACUUUAGAGGAAAUCAUGUGUGGUAGAAACUUCUUGAAGUGAACUGCAAACAUGUUAAAUAGAGACCAAUAUUGAUAGUAAAGGUACUGUCAUAAUAAAAUUUAAUGUCUUUGAAAAGAAUAAAAUAUAUUUCUUGUAACUGGCUUAAAUUUUACGCAGGCAUGUUAUUAUAGACCCAAAGUGAAAUGACCAGGGAAGAUUCCAAAAUGUGAGCACAAUUAAAUAGAUGUAAAGGUCUCUUCACAAGUCAUUCCAAAAUUCAAACAUAUGAAAACAAUGCAAAUUUUAU